CCGGCGUAGACGAGUACAAAAAUCUGAAGCGUCCCGUCCCGACAGAAUGGCUCUGGUGGCUCGCAGGACCCGGCAGUACGGAGUGCUGCACUGUCUAUAAUGGAGUCGCUGCAUCUACUCCUGUUGUACCCUUACGCCGUUGCUGCGGUGCUUUUCUCGGUCUAUAUCCUGUCCAUCGUGAUCUAUCGCCUUUAUCUGUCGCCCAUUGCCCACUUUCCUGGUCCUCGGCUGGCAGCCCUAACGGUAUUUUAUGAGUUCUACUGGGAAGCCAUCCGUAACGGGCAGUUCACGUUCCAUAUUGGGGAGCUGCAUGAGAAAUACGGCCCUAUUGUCCGGAUUAGUCCCACUGAACUGCAUGUCAAUGAUCCCGACUUCUACGAAGUAAUCUACUCGCGCGACAGCCCUCGCAACAAAUAUGAUUACUAUCAGCGCACCUUUAAUGCCCCGCUGGCCCUCAUAACCGCAGAGGAUCAUUAUCGUCAUCGCUUGAUCCGGUCACACAUGAAUCCUUUUUUCUCCACGGCCCGUAUUCGGGAGCAGGAGCCUGCCCUCAAGAAACUAGUUAACAAACUUUGUACCCGGCUUGAAGAGCUGAAGAACACGGGUCAAGCUAUCAAUAUCGAGUAUCCUCUUACUUGUUACACAACCGAUGUUAUCACCGAUUAUACCAUGGGCGACGGCUAUCGCUACCUUGAUGAACCGGACUUUAUUCCCCAGUGGCAACACACCCUCUGCGGGACAGCCAAAACCCUCGUCUUCAUCCGGCCCGUUGCCUUUCUAUUGCCCCUCCUUCUGGCAAUGCCCGAGGCGCUUACGGCAUGGCUAAACCCCGGCAUGGAACUCUUCUUCGGGUUCCAACGUCGUUGUCGAAGGCGUAUUGCCGAGAUCACGAAGAAACACCGUGAAAAACGCGAAGAGACGCCCGAAGGAGGCCGGGUGACCCUGUUCGAAGACGUCCUCAACAGUGAAUUACCGACACAGGAGAAGAGCGAAGCCCGACUUGCGCAGGAGAUGCAGGUUCUAGUCUCAGCAGGUGCAGAAACCACGGCCAAAGCGAUGAGCUACAUCUUCUUUUACCUGCUGAAUGAUCCGGUGAUUAUGACCAAGUUGAAGACGGAAUUAAGCACCUUGGGAGAUGAGCCAUCUCUGAUCCAGCUCGAACAGCUGCCGUAUUUUAAUGGCGUCAUGUUGGAAGGAAUCAGGCUGUCGUAUGGUGUGACCGCACGUCUUCCUCGAAUUGCUCCGUACAACGUUCUGAAGUAUAAGGACUGGACCAUUCCGCCAGGGACCCCGGUUAGUAUGAGCUGCCUGCUAAUGCACCACAACGAAUCCGUUUUCCCCGAUUCCUAUCGCUUCAACCCCGAUCGAUGGACGGAUCCUGCAGAGCGCAAGCGUCUGGAGAAGUACAUGGUUGCUUUCUCCAAAGGCUCUCGCCAGUGUAUUGGAAUGCAUUUGGCUCGCACGGAGAUCCUGCUUGUCAUUUCGACCCUCUUGCGUCGCAUGAAUUUUGAGCUGUUUGAGACGACUAUUGAAGAUGUCAGGGUAAAACACGACAUUUUUAUCCCUUUUGUGAAAAUGGAUAGCAAGGGUGUCCGUCUUUUGGUUACGGAUUAGUGCAUGCGCUGAUCGAUUUGCCCUAUUUAAGUACAUGCUACUAAUGAUAACCCAAUGGCAAGCAAUAUUGCAGUCCUGCAGUCAGCAUCAGAUUCAGUUAUGAAGCCAUACUUUUAGGACUACUGACACCUCUUUUACAAAAAUAAUGAGCAAUAUGAGCUGCACC